GGAGUCUCCGGAUUCUCCACAGCUUCUCAGCGCGCAAGCUUCACCAUGUAGGGGACAUUAUGUGUUUAGCAAUCCAAGCGUCUACCCUCCAGAAGUUUUAUCACGUCGUGGAGACGGAUGCCGUAAGCCACAGAAGCUGCCUAGGUGUUAUAAAGACGCCCCCCUGGGUUUUCCCUAUUGCCUGGGUCACAGCCAUCAUUAUCUUGGACUCUCUUGUUUCUCUUGUCCAUUUCUUGUCACUCGAUCUAGUACACCCGGAAGACGACAAUGGCGAGAACAAGCCUAAUCAAGUCCACCAAGGAAGCCAUACAAGCGUCUCCUAAGGAAAUCUUCAACUGGUACCUGUUCUUCUGUACCGCAGUAUGGAGUUUCUCCGGUGUAGCUAAAGGUUUUGACGAAGGAAACAUUGCAUCUGUUGUGGUGAUGACUAGCUUCAAAAAGAGAUUUCAUGUUGACCAUGAAUCCGAAAAGGACUAUGCAAAUACAAAAGGAUGGCUGGUAUCUAUCGCGACCGCUGGCGCCGUGUUUGGCUGUCUGGCUUGUAUCAAAUUGGGCCAGUGGCUCGGACGCAAACGGACAAUGCUCAUCUUUACGAUCGUUUAUAUCGCGGGCGUGUUUGGACAGACAUUCUGUGGCGGAAGCUUGGGCGGCAUGUAUGCUAGCCGCUUCAUCACGGGGAUCGGUAUUGGAACGACGACGGUUAUCCCUUCAGUCUAUAUCACCGAAAUUGCGCCACGAAGUAUCCGAGGCCUUUUGACUCUCCAGUACGCUUGCUGUCAGCAGCUUGGAGUCGUCUUUGGAUUCUUCUUUAACUACGGAGUCACCAAAUAUCAUAAGGGAACACAGCUUCAGUGGCAAUUGCCGACGGGUCUCCAAUUGAUUCCUGCAGUAAUCUGGUUCAUUGGCAUCAUCUUUACACCGGAAUCUCCACGAUUCCUGCUUUCACAAAACAAACCAACAGAAGCUAUGGAAGUCCUGGUUGGCUUCAGGGGUCUUCCAGCAGAUCAUCCCUACGUGGCCGAGGAAUUCCAUGGAAUGGAGCGCCAGUUGAAUCUGGAGAUUGAGGCUGUAAGCGGAGCAAGCAGUUGGGACCUGCUGAAGGAGACCUUCACCAUUACCGAAUACAGGAGACGCUUUGUACUCAUGUUCCUUUGCCAUCUCUUCAGUCAGUGGAGUGGAGCAAAUGCCAUCACUCAAUAUUCACCCACGAUCUUCGGCUACUUGGGAAUCGCAGGCGAAGAAGCUCGCUUCCUUGCAACGGGACUUUAUGGAAUCGUCAAGUUUGUCUCCGUCCUUUUGUUCUCGGUUUUCGUCAUCGACUUCAUUGGCCGUCGGCGCUCGCUGUUAAUGGGAAUCAGUUUGCAAAUCGUCACCCUCAUUUUCAUUGGCGCAUACCUGGGUGCCACCAACAAUAUGACCACUGCGGAAAUCGAAGCAAGCGCAAGUACAACAGCAGCAAGCAAGGCAAGCAUUGUAGCCAUUUUCAUCCAUGCGGUAGCCUGGUCGAUUGGAUGGUUUUCCAUCCCAUACCUCGUCUCGGCCGAGGUAUUCCCUAUUCGAAUCCGCAACUUGAAUGUGUCGAUUCUCAUGGCUUUCCACUGGGCAUUCUACUUCGGCUGCUCUCGCGCCAUGCCCAGCUUAUUGGCUGCUACUAAGCGCUUUGGCGCGUUUGCCUUCUUUGCCGGCAUGUGCAUCGUCUCUCUCACUUACGUUUUUUUCGCCAUGCCCGAGACCGCCGGAAGAUCUUUGGAGAGUAUGGACAAGCUUUUCGAGCGCCCAUGGUAUACCGUACGUAGAGUUGCGUAUCCGACCGCCGAUGACCUAUACGAAUCUAAGCAGGCCAACCUGGGAUCAAAUGAGCUGAUUGAGGAGAAGAACGAGGAGGUUCGGAUUGAUCAGAAAAAUGUAUAG